AAGGUUUUUUUAAUUAUAGACACUAUACAAGUGAGAGUGGAAAGUUAUUAUAAAAAGAGUAUAGAUUAAUUUAGUUAUCUGUGAUCUAGAACGUGGCGGCAGCCAGAUAUUUACAAAUGUCACCAGAUGUUAAUGUAAAAUUUACAUUGUAAAUUGAAGUGUAUUGAUAUUUUAACAUUUUGCUGCGUAAUUUGCCACUGUACGCUUGACACCAAGUGAAAUUGAUAAAAUGGAUAAUGAUUGUUUUAAAACACCACCAAAUAUGGUUAAUUCAAAUCACGCUAAACAGGGCCAGCCCAAAAACAACAAUAACGAGAUUCCGAUGUCUUUGCCGUCGUUAACGCAGUCGCCGUCGCCGUCACAGAAAGCAGCAACAGCGUCCAAACGGAUUAUUAAUAAAAUACCAUUGGAUUUUAAAAAAUUAAAAGAAGCGGGCUUAGAUAGGAAACUGGCGGAAGUAUUGAGCAAGCAAAAUUUGUCUUCGACAAAGAAAAUUGCAUCAGCAACAACAUCGUCGGCGUCAAGUUCUGCAUCUACUUCCUCCGCUGCCGCUGUCGCUGUCCCUGCCUCUGCAAAGCUGUCAACUGAGACAGCAUCCCUAACACAAGCGCAACGACAACAUGGACGUCAGUCGGCUGCUUUGCCUGUCAGAAAAAAAACAGCUCCUAAUUUGGUUGUCGUGGAUGAACAAACGCUGCACGUUAAGGCCCUGAUUAAAAAUAAAAUACUUAAUAAAUUGGCAAAAUCUCCUGUGACAACAGCAACAACAACAACAACGACAGCAGCAUUGCCGAUUAUCAGCUCUUCACCAAAAAGCAGCUUUUCGGCACCUAUUGCAAAAGCGGAUUUAACAGCGCCUCCCAAGUUGCUGCUCAAUCUAGUGAAUCAGUUGCCCAAACAUCGGGCAAUGUGUGGCGUCAGGAGUCCACCGACAAGGGCAAGACAACCGGAGUCAACAUUACAUCCAAAAGUACAUCAGCAUCCAUCAUCAUCAUCAACACAACAAAGGCCACCACGACAGCAGCAUACUCAGCCAGUGGAAAGUCCAAAUCCAAAACCCUUAAUUGUGCUGGAAAACAAGGUAUUGGCGCCCAAUGAAAAGAUCGAUGUGAGCGUUUUGCGUCUGCCCAAGAUGCACUCGACUGAAUUGACUUCCAUAGCUGUUCCUUUUCCGGAAAAACUGAGCGAAAUGCCGGAGAAGUCCACCGUGAAGGCUAAGAGUGCUCCCCGCUUGGGCGCAAAGAAGAUUAUACUUAAUGCCAACAAGCUGAAGGUGCCACGCGAGCAGCUCGCUCAAAUGGCCAAGGACAUUAGCAAUCAGGCGAUGCAACGGAUGCCACAGUCUGUCGCAAAACCCAUUGAAGAUGUCCAUUCAAUUUCCAGUAACAUUACAGGAAUGUCUUCCCCAACAAAUAUUGAAACAUCGUUGAUUACUUCAAAUUCCAAAACGACAAAUAUUCAAACAUCUUCGAUAAGUUCAGUCGUAGCUGAUGCUUUACCAACUCCCAAGUCGACGUCAGCUAAUGUAACGUUAACCACUCCCGCUGAGGUUGCAACUGCUCCAAGCAAUAGUAAAUCUUCAUCAUCAUCAUCUUCCGAUUGCUCAAAUAAUGUAAUCUCUGCCGUAGAUUUCAUAGCACAGCUUAAAGCCAACAAUUCCCUGAAUCUAACCAAAUAUAUGAAUCUAUCUGCUGAGGAGAUGAGCAUGAAUGCGCUAUUUAGUGGCUGUGAAACUGCUCUGCCACUUCCAGGGGAAAGCAAAGCUGAGGAGGAGUUCCCUAUUGGAAAAAUAUUGAAAAUGGAGGACAUGGAUAUACUGCAUUCCACAAUGAAUGUAGAUGAGAAUGAGUCGAAUGUCUUGUGCAUCAGUCCGAAUGCCAUUAAACUGCAGAAAAGCAUAGAAAUUGAAGAACCAACUGUUGAUAAUAAAACUGCAUCUUGGGAACAAGAAUCUGUUUCUCUGAAGGAAACCUCAGAACCGCUUAGUUUAAAAGACAAUCCUAGCUUGGCGGCAGCUCCAACUUUGAUGGUAACUUCGCCUCAAGAGGAGACUAAGAAGUCUGAGGAGCAAGAAGAGGAAACGCCCUUAGCUCAGUUAACGCCUCUAGCUCCACGACUACCCCUUAGACCCAAAAAAGGUAAAAUCAAUUUGGUGCAGCGGAAUAAGAGAGCAAGUGCUGAAAAAUUUAAGAGCCCUGAGGAGACUGUCAAAAAAACAGACAUGGAGACUGAUCAUGAAAAAGAUCACGUUAGCAAAGCGGAUAUCCCAGAAGACUUAAAUACAAAACACAAUGCUAAUUUAGAUAAAUUCAGUGAAGAGAAUAUAUCAAAUAUAGCACAUGAUCAGGAUAAAAUAUGUGCAGAAAGCAGUACAAAAUCUCUUGUUGAAGAGCAAAAUAUAAAGGAAAUAGAAAAAACAAAUUUAGAUAAAGCUAUUGAAAACGAAUUUAACAUAAUGAAAAUAGAUAACAUCACAAAAAAUAAUAUGUCGAAAAAGGAAGAAGUUCAGGAUAAAUCCGGAGCAAAUAAAUCUGUUUAUAAAAAUACAAAUGCAGAAAUUGUUAAGAAUGAAAGAACAACUAACAUAGAUACAACUAUCAAUAGCGUUGUAAAUAUAGUUUAUAAUAUUAGCGAACAACAAAUUCCAAAACAGGUAGAAUUAAAAAAUCAGACGGAUAAUAGAGAAAUUAAUUAUGAAGUUGUACAGAAAAGGAGUAAAAUUAACUUAGAUACAGAAAUUGAAAGCGAAGUAAAUAUUGAUACUAUAAUCACCAAGGAAAAUGCCCCAAGAGAGGCAGAAGUUCAGAGCAAAAUAGAUGCACAUCGCAAAAAUUCUGUAGAUAAAGAAGAAAUUGAAGAAAUUGUAAAACAAAAUAUUAAAAAUAACUUAAAUGUAAAUGAAGAUAUCCAGGUAGAUCCAGUAAAGAUAACUACAUGUAUAAAAACUGAGAAUAGUUUAAGCAAUCAAGAGUUGGGCCCUAAUGACAAUGUGAUCACGUCCAAUAAAGAUCCAGACAUAGAGCUCACAGCUUCUGAAGAAAUUGCAAUUGAAGCAGAAUCGGAAGACGCAGCUUUAAAUACCACAAAAGAAAGAGACCUAACGCAAUUCUAUCAUCCACCGAAAAUGCCAAAGCUUAAAAAAAAGAUUAACAAUAAUGAUGAAGUGAUCAAUUGCAAUGAUAUCAUAGCUGAAACAGAACCUACCAUAUCGCUGGUAAGGAUUCUCUCACAGGAGGAACCAACUCCACAGGGUGAAGCUCAAUUGCCAUUUCGUCAAGAUCCCAAGAAGAUCAUUUCCGCAGAGAAUAGUUCUAAGGAAGUAACGGGAAUUCAAAACUUGUUGAACAAACUGACAGCGGAAAAUGUGAUGCCGCCGAGCAAGGAGAUCAAAACGGAGGAGCCUGUAAAAGCGCCCAGGAAGAAACUGGUGAAAACAAGGCCUGUUCUGAGUGCCAAGAGAGCAUCGAAGGCUGUUUCAUCCAAGGCGGAAGCACUGCACCCACGAAAGCGAGCUCUGCUUGCGGAAAGUAAAGCAAAUGGAGCACAUCGAGUACCAACAUCGAGCACAAGUGAUGAUGAUGGGGAUAUGUUUCAUGGUUUCGAUAAUGAAGCUUCAAGCAGUAAAAUAGUUACGGAUUUAAAGAAUAUUGGAACAGACAUUAGUGAUGAUGCCACGCCCGAUUACGACGAGACUGAGGAGGAUCCUCAGCCAGAGGAAAUAUCGCUGACCAAGAAACCAAAGACUAAUCCAGAGCAAAAGCUAGAGAAAAUCAUAGAGCAAACCGAAAGCAAGGAAAUAGAGGAGAAAUCAGAGCCGGAAUUGAGGAAUGAUACUACAGAAUCUCUGGAUAAUUCUCAGCUGGUGGAUCCGGUAGACGUCAAGAAAAAGCGAGGUCGUCCAUUUAAAAAUGCCAACAAAAAGCCAGAGGAAGCUUUGACUGUGCAAGAGACUAAAGACAACGCAACGCCUUUAACGCGUAAACGCAAGCGUCAGAGUAAAGAUAUUAACAAAGAUGAUGCACAGUCCGAGUCUAUGGAGGUUUUGCCAUUAGUUCAGCCGGAUUCAUUGAGUGCAGGUGAGGAAACUCCUGUGGCAAAGCGACCACGUAAAAGACGCUCUAAAAAUGCAACUGUGGUGAUAACAACCAAUGAACUGGACACAAUUACGGAACCGGAACCAGAAUCAGAGAUAAAGACUGUAAAACGACGUGGACGAAAACCAAAGACGACACCAGAUGCCAUUGAAUCCACCCCAGACACUAUGACGACAUCCACACCAGAUGCAUUGAUGACAUCCACACUAGAUGCAAUGAUAACAUCCACACCAACAGAUAUGGUCACGCCCAAGAAACGGGGUCGUAAACCAAAAUACCUUGAUCUAUUGUCAAAAAAAGUAAAAUCCGAGGAAAUGGCUGAGAAUACAGAUGAAACGGUGGGAAUUGCGAAACAUGAGGGUCCAAAUAACUGGCCACAUGCACCGGACUUUGAUCUCCGUCUGCUGCUGAUACGUAAUCGCGAUCAGAUGGAGAGCGGCGAGGAUGUGCGCGAGGAUGGUCGAGGCGAGGGAUCGGAACAAUGUGGAUUGUGUUUGGUGCGCUGUGAUAAGAAUGAUUGGCAGAUGCAUCUCAGUGAACACUACGGCGUUGGCUGGACAACUGACAAGACUCCUAUGAUUAUUACAAGGGGUAUAUUGAUUAACUGGAUGACCAAAUAUGCGAAAAGAGGCAUUCGCUUGAAAUGUCGUCUCUGCGAACGAUCGUUUGGAUCAGGUCUGGGUAUGCUGUUGCAUCUAGAGGGCUGUGGUGUAAUACAGGAGCGCGUUGAGUGCGAGAUAUGCAAGAGAAGCUACUCCAAGUUAUUUAUUGUGACGCAUUCUCGCACUUGUUCCCAAAGUAAAGAGCUGAGGGAAACCAGCGUUGAGGCAAAACCUGAUGAAAGUAUUAAAGCAACAGUUUUCAGUAAUGCUGGACGCGCCAAGCGACAAUCCACAAUUAAAGCUGAAACGAAACUCCAGAAGAUUGCGGAACACUUGAAGAAACCAGAUGAGAAGGCUAACAAAGAUUUCGAUGCCGAUUCAUCGGAUUAUGAUGUAGCCGCCGAUAAGGAAUCUUCGGAGGAAUAUGAAUCGGAAGGCGUUGACUCCAAUGAGGAUGCUGAUCAAACUAACGACGAUAACAAAUCGACUGCGGAUAGCAGUACUAUAAAAAAAAACCGGAAAAAAGGGAAAAAACGAUGCUCAAGUGAAGCUAGUGUAACAACAUCAAAGCCUUCAGUAGUAAAAAUCAUAAAAUCGGGAAUUGAGACAGGAGAUCGCUGGAAAUAUUUCAUCAAAAAGAACUAUACCUGUGAUGCGCUAUAUACUCAUCUGUUGCCACGUUUUGAGCAGCUGUUGCCUGCCGCUGCCACAAAACUUUUACCGUCCAGGGAGUCCACCUCAAUGCGCUAUGCCUAUGCCUAUGAUAACGAAGAUAACAACGAAUGGAUACAGCUGGCGCCGCUUGAGAGUUUUAAUACGAAAUCUGAAUAUUUUUGCCAUUUGGGUAAACCCGUUAAGGAGGUGGCAUGGGUUCCGUUGCCUCCGUCUGUUAAAACGCAAUACUUGUUGUGCUCACAGCGCUCCAGGAUUCAUGGAUUUACUCGUCAGUUUAAGCACAAGCAAGAGGAUGAUCUAUUGCUGCUUCUGGAGUGUUCAAUGUCGUCAACUGAGAAGGACAACACAUGGCCAUUGCAGACACGUCUACAUUAUGGCAUACAUGUGCUGCAGGGACCAGUUAAUACCUUUGCAUUUAUGCCCAGUGGUGGAUAUGAUAAGUCUGCCAAUCGCAUGGCCCUUCUCGCCGUGGGCAGCUCAUCAAGUGCGGUAAUUUAUGCACUUCCCUUAGAGUUGGCCCAUUUAGACAACAAUGUCACGUCAAAAGAUGCAGUUGUCGUCUUAGAACCUGUGAUUACACUCACGCUCGAUAUAGAUAAUCCUGUUCAGGAUCCGUGUACCAAAAUAUGCUGGUCACAGGCCUCCGGUCAUAAUCUGCUUGUGACUGGCUAUGCCAGUGGAAACAUUGCUUUCUGGGACAUUGCGGAUGAAGAUGGAUUCAAUUGCUUUACGCAGAAUAAUCAACGUCACUUACUUCCAGCAAGUUUCUUUUACUUCGGCGAACGGAACAUACAAUUUUUGGAUCUGCAUUAUGAUAGCAAUGGAGCACACUGGCUGGCGGCUGGCGCGGCAGUUCGUAAAUUCUGGGUCUAUGACAUUUCCAAUUGGUCACAACCAGUAUCAGUUCUUGGUGAUGUUCUUUACUAUUUAUAUAUGGGCUGCGUUAGUUGGUCUCCUUUGUGGGAGUCAUUGACUAUUGGAUUUUCCGAAUUGACCAGAGCUCAAUUUACACGUUUGGCAUCGGUGCAUCCUGUGGAUAUUUCCUCGAGUUCAGUUACACUUGAUGUGAUGCUUAACAGCAUACGUGCUACGCAUUUUAACUGCGAUCAAAUUCUGCUCGCAUCCAUCGCCGACAAUGGAGAUGUCAAAGUUUUAAAAACUAAUGAAUCCAAUUCGCAAAAGACGUUAAGACAAAAUAGCGACUGCAGCCGUUUAAGCACCACUGAGGCGUGUUGUUUAAGCGACGUUGCAGAACAAAACUUCGUUACACCAGAAGUAUUUCAGCGAGAUUAUGGUCUGAUAUUCAGACCACUUAUACUUGAACGCAAGAAGGAAACGAGUUCCGUUUACCAAAACCCAAAGCGACAACCCAGCUACAAUCUAAGAAGCAUGAUGCGUCUUAAUUGUGUGCGCUGGAAUUGGAAUGCUCCAGCGAGCUACUGGUUGGCCAUCGGUGCUGAGCAUGGAUUACUACGGAUCAUAAAUUGCGAAUCAUGAGCUACAAACAAUGUUAGAGCGCAGAGCUUUUAUGAUAAUGAUCGUAUUUAUGAGAUUUUAUUUAUAACAACGUUGAUUGCAUUGUAAAACCAUUACUGAAAUCAUUUACAUAAUAUGAAUUAAUUUAUUAGUAUUCGUUAGACAUUUGAUAUUGUAUAUAAAAUAU